CUUUAAUCUUAGUGUUCUUCAACAUGGGACUGAGUUAUAACAGGCCGGCUAUGGUACGGCAAUGUACGGCGAAUAUUAUAUCCCGUAUUGGUUGCAAAAUGUGCAAAUAACUUCCGCUUUCGGUUUCGUUUUAAACCUUCAUUGUAAAUGAUGGUUCUUCAGUUAACGUCUAAUUUGUUGCUGUUCCACAGUUGUCACCUACAGAUCGUCAACUGGCUUUUACUAUUGAUCUAGAAGACAAUGGGUGUAGAACAGUCAAAGAGUAAGCAAAAGAAAGGGCUCCAACGAUCAGAAGAGAAAAAUCAUGAUGUAAGGCAGAUACAUAAUCCUGCUCUUAUCUUGUGUGAAGGAACUCCUGUGGAUGGUGAAUCUGAAAGCUUUAGGCUUGAAGAACAGAACACUAAUGAAGAUGAAGAGAAUGAAAUUGAAGAGGAAGCUGAGAAUGUUAUGACAGGUCUUCCAGGAGAGACAACUCCAAUAUUUGGUGCCAAUACUCGUAAUGACCAGCAAGAUCAAAAAGAAACAGAUAAUGUACGAGAAAAUAUAGAAAGCACUAUAGAAAAGGUUAAAGGUUUUCAUGAAGAUAUGAACAAAAUACAAGGUCAGUUUCAAGAAGAAACUGAAAUACCCUCAGAUUGUGACAAUCCUAAGGUUUCUAAAGCAGAAGCAUGUACAUGUAACUUGAAACAUGUUAAUGAUGUACACCUAAAAUCUUCAAAUGAUAAUGAAACUGAAAAAAGAAGGGUAUGUAAUAAGGACCUUUGGGAUGUUGGUCGUCUUGUUCCAGAUUACUAUAAAGAGCUAGGUGGUUGUCAAUCAGAUAAGGAUAAAGAAAAAGACAAAAUAGAUUGUGCACUCAGUCAAGACGAGUCAGUAGGUACGCGAAAGGUUCUACAAGAAAUAAAAGUAGCAAGAGAAAACUUUGAGCAGCCCCUGCGUUUUGAUUUGAAUGGAAAGUUUAAAAAGAAGGUGACAUCUGAAAAUGAGGAUAAUAGAUGUCAUUAUGAUGUGGAUGAUGAAAAGUUUCCUCAUGAAUCCAUUGUAAAAUCUAUAUUUACAAAUGUUAUUUUCUUACCAGACAAAAGUAAGGGUGCUUCCCCAAAAAGAUAUGGCCCGAAAAGACUUGGUAGUAUCUAUGAUGGUAUUUCAGAAGAUGACAAUGUUGAUGAUAACAGUAGUGAAUGUACUGCUGAUGAUAAAAGUGCUGAGAACAUUCCAAUACCGCAGGAAACUGAGAAUGUGACUGACACAAACAUUUUGGAAACUGUUGCAGAAGGAGAAAUUAAAACAGACAUUAUAAAAACACCAGUGGCAAAGAAGGAAAUAUUAUUUGAUGAAUUCAUAAAAGACAAGUCAAAAGUGAAUAAUGUGAACACAAAGACAGUUGAUGGAAAGAAAGAAGAAGCUAUAAUAGAUCAAGUAAAUGGUACAGAAAAUUUGUUGUUUGUAGAGGAUCACUUUGGACUUUAUACAGGAGCUAUGGCAGAGGGAAUAUCAAAAGAGUUUAAGGAUGAGCGAGCAUGGAAACAAAAUGAAAAUCAGCUUGGGCAUACUGUACCAACACAUAUGAAAGAUAGAGACAAAAAUGACAAUGUAAGUCUUGAUGAUGGUAAUGCAUGUACAGUUUCUCAUGAUGUAAGACAGCAGUCAAGUUUUGAAAGAAGAGACAAUAUUGAUAAACUACAAGUUUUGGGCACUGAAAACAACACUAACUGUCAGUCACUAAAUUUGCCAACUUCAAAAUUUGAACACAAACAUGAAAUGAAGCCAUGUAAAUCCAAAGAAAAAGAGUCAGAAAAUUUAAAUGACACACUCCAAGAUCAGGAGGAAGUUGAUAUAUGUAAGAAUUGUAAACAACCAAGAGACUUAUGCCCUUGCUUGUUUCCAGGCAUGAACACCGUGAUGACUAUAUUAUUUGACUAUCAAAAGAAACCAGCUUUAAGUUACUUGAGGUACCUAAAAAUAAAUGAAAAAGAAAUCAAUUGGCCUAUUUUAAAAAGUGCUCAAGCCAUUUUCAUAAAAGGGAUUAAAUCACAUAAUACUGAAAUAUCAGAGGACAAUCGUGUUGCAUUUAGAUUUGACUUGCCUUCUAGUAAAGGUUUCUUUGGACCAGAUCAAAUACAAGAGAGAACAGAAGAAGAUCUUAAACUGGAUGUAGUGUGUGAUGAUAAUUCAAGUAUGAGCUUACUGAAAUCUAUUGAAAGUACAUUUAGUAUUGACAUUUCUGGAUUGAAGCUAACAGGCAGUAUUGGCUCUUACAAAAAUAUUAUGGUGAAUGAUUUUGAUGAAUGUAGCGAUGCUGAUGAUGAGUUUAGUGAAGGUGAUGACGAGAAUUAUGAUUGUGAUAGAAGCCAAUGUAAAGAUAAUUCAGCUAGUGAAGAAAGUGAAAACAUUGUAAAAGUUAAUACAUAUGCUGUUGAUAAAGGAAAUAAAACAUAUUAUGGAAAAACUCAAGGAAAUAUAACUGAAAAUGAACUAGAAAGUCCAGCAGCUGAUAAAGAAUCUGGUUUUGAAAAUGAUCACUACAUAGAGAAAGAAUUAAAAUUUGUGCAUGGGCAACAAGGAAGUAAUUGUGAUGGUUUUGAGAAAGAUAACUGUUUGCAUUUGGGAAGUAAAUUGAACAUGCAAAGGUAUGCACAAGAUAUCGGGAAAAAUUAUAACAUAAAAGUUGAUACCCAUGGAAAGUUUGAUCACUGUGAACAGUUUGAACAGUUACACAAAGUGAUUAGCAAAGAAGGUUUGAAUUCUUCAAAUAAAUGUGAUAUGAAUGGUCAGGAAAAGGAAGACAAAAUUGAUUUAGUAUUAGUAGAACAUGCAGGAGAAAGAAAUUUUGAAUCUUUCAACAAUGAAAAUGUACCAAAUGUUCUGGAAGGUUCUGACGUUAGUAAUUUGGAAGGUUCUGACUUGGUCACAAAUAAAAAAAGUAUAGCUUUAAUUGAGGGUGAAGUUAAAUGUGAUAUUAAAAGUGAUGAGUGUGAACUAAAUGUUGGAGAGGAUGUAAUAAAGACAUGUAGAAAUAAAAUGAAUGAAGGUGCAAUAAGGAGAAAGAAAGUCAAUGAAGCUUAUGAUAAAGUUAAAAACGUGAGGUUAUGUAUUGAGGAAGAUAAUGAUGAAGAUGUAGCAUUUCAAUCAAAUGAAGGAAAUGAAUGCUCAUCCACAGUUUCAACUUCUGUGGUUAGAAGUACAGGAAACAAAGUUACAGGAAAAAGUUGCAAGGAAAUAUCCAGAAGUCUAAAAAUAGAAAGUGAGAACAAACAGGAAGAUAAUGACAAUGUUAUAUUUAGACAGAAUGAACACAGAUUUUCUUUAGAAAAUGAUACAGUAGUAGAGUCUUCAGAAUAUCAGGAUCCAUUUUUAUUUGCUGAUAAAGUUGAAAAUCUAAACUCUCUGUCCUCAGAAGUAUCUGUUGAUUCUGUGGAAAAUACUAAGUGUGAGACAUCAAUAGAAGCAGAAGCUGGAGCUUGUGUUUUGUCAGGACAUGUAAAUGAUGAAAUAGUUGAUUGUGAUAAAAAUACUUCUGAUUUUAAGAUGAACAAAGGUAUGAAAAUGCACUCGACAAGUGGGUUUAAGAGGAAACAGACUAAAAUUGAAGAAGAUAACAGAAAUGUUGAUAUUCAUAGUGAUGAUGAAGAAGAAGAGGAUUUGACUGAAGGUAAAUUAGUUACUAAAGUAAAAGAGGAAAAGCAGUUUGGAAAACAAAGAGAAAAUUUAGAUAUAAUUGGGAAAGAAGAGGAGAGAAUGGUCAUACCUACUCCUGAUGGAUCUGGGAAUAUUACAGUCAUAAAAAGGCGGGGUAUAGGAGGGUUAAGGAUGCUUGAUGGAGAUUUACCUUCUUUCCUUUCUUCCGGAAACAUUGGAUCUUUGUGUACUGAAAUGAAAGUCCCAGGAAAUUUAGUAGGGGAAUUCUUGUCUUCAUCUGAUGUAGAUUUUUCAUUACCACCAGAUGAGUUUAUGAAACAGUUGCAGAAAAGAAAUCCAGGAAUGAUUGGCCAUUUGAUGUCUCGUAUGAAUGAACGACCAAAGUAUACACCAAGAAGACAUCUUGAUAGGCGCCCUCGACGACCAGAAACAGCCAAGUCUGAUUUUGCAACCAGUUUUUAUGACAGUUACAACAGAAAUGUGGACAUUUCUCAAUUAGAUAACCAACCAGGCUCAUCUAGUCAAAGUACUGGAUCAAUUCAAAUCCAAGCUAAUGAUUCAAAUGCUGAAAGUAGAAGAAGAGGUAGCCUUGAAAGGAUAAUGGGAGAAAGGAUUGUACAAGAUCUUGAGUCAAGAAGCAUGGCAACAUCAUCCUCUAGCACAAAUGUAUCUAUACAAAGUUCAAGGUCGGGAAGCCCUGUCAACUUUGAUAGCAGUAGUGAUGAAACUGUCACAGAAGUCAAGCUCAACGAUAUGUGGAACCCCAUUCUUCAAGAAGAGAAAAAUAAUUGUCUUCAAGUUACUAGGAUACCAGAAAGUUAUAGAUGCACAGUUUUAUGUGUAGAUGUAUCUGAAAGUAUGCAAGGAUUGCCAUGGCAACAAGUUAAACAAUUUAUUCCAGAAUUUUUAUCAGGGCUUGAGGAGAAGAAACAGAGUGAGAAUAUAGAGGAGUUUGUUGCCAUGGUAACAUUUGGAUACAAGACAAAAAUUGUGACACACCCUGCAAAACAUUAUACCCAGCUUCAUAAAGACUUCAAAUCUUUAAAACCAGAAGGGAAUUCACCAUUGUUGCCAGGAAUUGCUCUUUCUUUGCUUAUCCAGACAGUACGUAGAGAAUUAGGCCAGCGUUACUGCAAGCUACAUGACAUCAUAGUUCAUCAUCGUAUAAUUCUACUAUCGGAUGGUCGACCAUCGCCCAUGUCACUAGUGUGUACAUCAGACGACAUUCCUGAUCUGGUUCAACAAGAAGCUUGUCAGGAAGUGGAGUCCAGUCUACAAGAGUGGAAGCUUUCAUCACAAUAUACACAUAUAGACUGUGUACCCGUUGGAUCUAAUCCUAAUUUGGAUAUGCUGGAAACUAUAUGCAGGGUUACAAAUGGACGACUGGUCAAACCUUCAGAUGUGCGAGACUUAGUUAAUAGUACACAUAAUCAUUAUAUAGCAGCACAGAUCUCUAAACAGAUGUUCCAAGGAAAGGUUGAUUCAUUUGAUGAGCAUAUUUUUAAGUCCCUGGUUCUAUCACUUCACCCGUCUACAUCACCUACUGAUAUGGCGGAGAUGGUAAAUAAGGCGGAAGAAGCACAGGCACGGUUAUUGGCGAAACAGGCAGACAGUUCAGACAACAUGAGCAAUGUUAGCGAGGAGGAUGAUCAUUUUGAACCAUCAGAUUUACUGGAUUUACCUAAAAUUGGCACAAGAGUGGUCCCAGGUCCGGACAUUACAGGCAGACUGUUACAGUUACAAGUGAGGAAAGGGACUGUAACAGGACAUAGUCGCAAACAUAGAGGAAAGGUGUUUGUAAAGUGGGAUAAUGGAGUAAAUUUAUUGUGUAAUUGUGGAUAUCACUUCAAGUUUGAGGUGCUUACAGCAGACGACACAGAUCAGCAUAAUAUUGAUGAUAAAAUAGAAGUGGGAUGUAAAGUAAGAAGAGGUCCUGACUGGAAGUAUGGGAACCAGGACGGAGGUGUAGACCAGAUAGGUACUGUCAUAAAGAUACAUAAAAAAGCAAGUGUACAGGUACAAUGGCCAAACGGAAACCGUAACAAGUACAGAUACAAUCAGAGUGGAAUAUUUGAUCUUCUUAUUUCAGACUCGAAGGAUCCUUUUGGAAGGCAGAUGUAUGAAUGUGAAAUGAACAAACGAAACCUGGCAAGAACAGAUGUACAAGAAGACCUGCAUAAUGGCACUAAUAUUGAAUCACAAUUUUCCGGUGAUAGCUGUGUUAAACCAAAGACUUCAGAAAAUACCAGCGUAAGACAUAAGGUUUUAAUUCAACAAAAGUCAUUAGGUGAUAACAGUGUGAGACCAAAGUUCUCAGGUGAUAACAGUGUGAGACCAAAGUUCUCAGGUGAUAACAGUGUGAGACCAAAGUUCUCAUAAUAACAGUGUGAGACCAAAGUUCUCAGGUGAUAAUAGUGUCAGACCAAAGUUUUAAGGUGAUAACACGAUGUACAGUUUGUAGAUGAUAACAUUAACAGUGUGACUACAAAAUUUAUUUUGGAUAUUUAUAAGUGUGGCAAAAAAAUUUGUACAGUGAUAGUGAUGUUUAAAUGCAGUUUCCAGAUAACAUUGUAACAACAGGGCUACAUGAAGGUGAUGACAGUUUAUCAAGAAAUGUUCCCCCCGGUGAUAAUGGUGCUAAAAACUCAAUCAAAACAGCAUCAAAUUAAAGUGUGUGUGUGUUUUUUGUUGAAAAUGUUUGUGACAUCCUGAUAACAUUGUGAUGAAAGAAAAACUGCUUAAUAUCUGGUGAUAAUAGAGUAACAGCCUAAUGUCUAGAUAAUGACAGAGUAACAGCCUAAUGUACAGUAUUAGUAAUGUAACAGUAACAGCAUAAUGAUUAUGUCCAGAAAGCAGAAUGGCCAAGUCAUAUUUGUGUAAUUAUCACAUUUCUAGGUGAUAAAGUAAAACAGUAAACUCACUGAAACAGGUUAAAAUUAACCCUAUAAUUAAGUGGUUCUGAUAGUUUAUCAUCAGAAAUCUGACUUUAUCCUGUUGCAUUUAUAAAACAGGUAUGUCCUGGCUUUCAGUUUGGACUGUCCAUUGAUAGUUUGUGAGUGAUUUUGUUUGUUUAAGUAUGACAGUAAUGAGAUUUCAGUAUGAUAAUUAAAAGAUUGCAGUUUGAAAAUAAAGUGAUAUCAUUUUGAAAUUGAAGCAACAGAAAAAAAUAGUUGUCAGACAGUAUAGAUGUGCAGACUGGCCUGUCAGAGUACUGAUGGCAUAUUUAUACCAUUAUCACCACUGUUGAUUGAAAUUAUAAAGCAUUUUGUGAUUAGAGAUGAGCUUUUGUGAUCGCAUGAUUUCCAUCAUGUGACAUGCCUAAAUAUUAUCUACAAUACAACCUGGUAAAUUUUGUCCAAGCUUCACACGAAUGAUCCUCUACAAAAGUUAUUUAAGCCAAUUUGCUUCUUAAGGUCAGAAUUGGCUCCCUUAAUAAACAUAGACUUAAUAAUAUAUAGGAAAACACAUUGAAAUAAGGUCUCUGGGUCAAAAGUGGCCUCAACUUGGAUCACUUUAGUUACAUUGACUUGUAUAGCAAAUUUAGAAAAUCAGAUUUAAAAAUCCCUUCCCAGAAGUAAGAAUGUUCAAAGUUUAGAUAUUUGGCAUGUAACACCAACUUAUUGUCCUCUACAAAAGCAAUAUAAAUCACACCCUCAUUGGCAAAUUCCCCCUACCCUACGAGUUACUUAAAUUCAAUAAUCUUAUACAGGAAAACACAUGUAAAUCUCAUUUGAAAAUACUUGCCUUAGAGCUGAAGUAUUUGCAUUAGGCAUUGCCUGGUAGACCUCUAAAAAGCUAUAUAGAAAUAGCCCCUGGUAUUGAAAAUGGUCCUGUCCUGAGGUCACUUUUGUUUCACUGGCUUGUAUAGGAAAAAGACAAAGUUUUCUCUACAAAAUAAGUACAAUGCAAUAAGCUUAGAUAUUGGCAUGUAGCAUUAUAUUCUUGUGGCCCUUUACAAAAUAAUGUUAUAUCAAUCACACCUUUAGGGUCUUAUUGGCCCGGAGGUUGCUUGUUUUGCGUAGGCUAACAUGUACACAUGUAUAUAGAAAUCAUUUAAAUUGGACCUCAUGACCUUAGAUAUGUGGCAUGUAGCAUCGCCUAGUUGACUUCUAGAAUCAUGGCUCUAAGAGCCCCAAUUUGACCAAUUAUAGACUUGGUGCUGCAUUAAAACAGUAAUGAUUUUUUUCUAGUGAAGUCCCAGGUGAGCCAUUAAGAGUGAUUGUGGCCAUCUUGUUUAAAAUGAUUAUUUCUCAAAUUGAUUGUGAGUUUAAGAUGUGGUAAUGUUUUCUUUGUUCAAGUUGUCAGGUUUUGAUUUGAUGUUUAUAUUAUUAUAGUUGAUGCAUUCCAACUUUCGUGAGAUAGAGUAACUAUACAAUGACAAUCAGACAUUUCUGAGAUAUCAGUGUUAUAAAUUUCAUAAAUUCAUUAUGUCUAUUGAUUUGUAUGUCUUUCAAAUUAUUUUCAUCAAAAUAUUGCAGCAUAAUUUAUCAGAAACAGGAGAAGUAAAGAAGCUACAAAUUGGAUAGUUAUUUACUACUGGAAUUAGCAAAUAUUUGCCUGUAACACGUUCAAACAAUGAGUCUGUGUUACCUUAAAAAAAUGUCAAGUGAUCACCCAUCUUUAAUAACUAGUGAAUCAUAGAACAUGUACAUGUGUUCCCUUUUUCUGGAACAAAGAAACAAAAUUGUUAUUUAGUUAGAUUUUGAAACAGUGUCAGCUAGUAGUUCAAGAUAUGAACUUUAUAAUAACAUUGUUAAUUGACCAAGUUUUAUGUGUAAUACGAGAAGAAUAUUAUUAAGGCAUUGGCAUAUAAUGAGACAAUUAUACAUAAACAGACUUAAUAGGUCUUCUAUUUCUACACUACAUGUAUAUAUUUUCAGUUCUUUAGACUGUUGAUAAAAAUAAAUUUCUAUUUUAAGUAUUAAUGAAUUUUUAUUGUAUUUAAUUUUAUUGUAAAUUUUAUAUUAAUGUUAAAAACAAAGUGUUAUUGAAUUUUAGAUAAAAGGAUGGACUGACAUGAUAUAAGUGUUUAAUUUGUUGCAUAAUUAAAAUAUUAUCAUUAUUUUCAAUGUCUAUUUGUGUUUGCAUAUUUAUGAUGAUAAACUUGUGAUUUUAUUGAAUUAUAUUUUGUAUUUUUGUUAAAAUUAAAAAUAAACAUUAAUCUAAGAAUAAA